CCACCUUCCACGACCGCGAUUUGGCAGCGAAGCAAGCGAGACAUGUUUUUCUAGCUGUCAAACGAGUCAUCUGUUUAACACAUCGGCGCCGCGAUUGAGAGCUACGGAAAAACACUAAAGAAAACGUGAGACAAGCGCAAAGAUGCUUCGCGGAUACGAAGGUGUAAGAUAUAUCUCGGAUAAGCAAAUGGUAGUAUUCGAUAUCGGCAGUGCGUACACCAAGUUCGGUUAUGCGGGAGAGACAUCUCCACGUGGUAUUGUACGAACGGAGGUGAGAUGCCCGGAAACCAAAAAAAUACGCAGAAUUAUUGAUCACACGGACGUCGAGGACUUGUAUCAGCUUCUCGUUGAGUUUCUUCAUCUAUUGUUCUUCAAAUAUGUUGUAGUAAGUCCCAAAGAUACUAGGAUAAUGAUAUUGGAAUCUCCAUUGGCGGCAACACGAUUCAGAGACACUCUGGCUAAAGUGAUGUUUAGGCACUUUGAAGUUGGCUCCAUGUUAUUCUUACCGAGUCAUCUGGCAACAAUCAGUACUCUUGGUAUUGACACAGCUUUGGUGUUAGAUGUUGGAUACCAAGAAGCUACUUUGAUCCCGAUUUUUGAGGGAAUACCUAUACUUAAGGCAUGGCAGGCAUUGCCUUUGGGCGGACAGACUGUGCAUGACAACAUAAAGAGAUACUUCAAUGGCACAUUAGCUGGUCUGGAGUUGUCCGAAAAAGUACUGGAAGAUAUCAAAGUACGAACAUGCUUUGUGACUACAUUGGAGAGAUCUACAAAGCUAGGAACAGAAGAUACUCCCAGUCCACCUCCCGCUGUCAAGUAUCCUGGUGUUACAAGUAUCCUGGUACCUGGAGAGAUCAGAGAAAAGGCAUUUGAAAUAUUAUGGGAAAGGGACAAUGAUAAUCUCUCUUUGCCAACCAUGAUACUCGAUGCCAUUGUCAAGUGCCCUUUGGACACGAGAUGCGCCUUGGCUGAGAAUAUAAUACUCAUCGGUGGAACGACAAUGGCGAAAGGAUUUGCGAGUCGACUCAAGUCAGAAUUGUUGACUUUAGUCGCGAGCGAUCUGUACAAAAAUAAGUUGAAGGUACAAUCGUUCCAAUUCCACACAGCGCCCAGCAAACCAAACUACACUGCGUGGUUAGGUGGUGCUAUCUUCGGCACGACGGAUUUGCCGCUGCGAUGUUUGACGAAAGAGGUGUAUCUGAAGACGAACAGAGUGCCCGAUUGGUCCAAUCUCGUAGACAAUCAAAAAGACGAGACAUCGUACGAAAUGUGAAAUCAUUCUUUCUAAAAUUUUGUAAUUUAAUGUAUAGAAGAAGCAAAGUAAAUCAUCCUAUUUAUUGUCUUUCACCAA